GUUUUGGAGUGCAUGCGUUGAAUAUUAUUAUUGUAGUCUUCGUCUCCAUCCUUUAUAAGUCUCCCAAACCAUACCCGUUUUCACAAUUAAUCCACCUCUUUCGAAACCUAAUACAAACUCCAAAGUUCUCUUUCUCUGCAUUUCGAAACCUAUCGACAGACAAAUCCGCUGUAUUUUUACCUGUGGUUGAGUCGGAGAAGCCAAUAGAAGCUUGGAGAACUUGUUUCCUGCAAGAAUGAGUGUCAAGAAAAUCGAAUGGAGAUCACUUUUUAUGAGCUGUUACAAGCUGCCUGAAGACCCGCCGCCGUCCAAGGCCAAGAAAGUGUGCGCGAGUCAAACUUCUUUUCAAAGGAUUUCACUCUCUGAUCUCAGCAACCCGAGCUCGCAUACUUUUUCCGAGGACCUUUCCAUAUCUCUUGCUGGAUCAAAUCUGCAUGUCUUUACGCUUGCCGAGCUGAAGCUGAUCACGCAGAAUUUUACGGCGUCUAACUUUCUUGGCGAAGGUGGGUUCGGACCCGUGUACAAGGGCUUCGUUGAUGACAAGCUCAGGCCUGGUCUAAAGGCUCAGCCCGUCGCCGUCAAGCUUCUGGAUUUGGAUGGUACCCAAGGCCAUAAGGAGUGGCUGACAGAAGUGAUCUUUCUCGGGCAAUUGAGGCAUCAACACCUUGUGAAGUUGAUAGGGUAUUGCUGUGAAGACGAACACAGAGUCUUGGUAUAUGAAUAUAUGGCAAGAGGCAGCUUAGAGAAUCAACUAUUCAGAAGAUAUUCUGUGUCCCUACCAUGGUCCGCAAGAAUGAAAAUUGCUCUAGGAGCUGCACAGGGUCUUGCAUUCCUUCACGAAGCAGAAAAGCCUGUUAUAUAUCGAGAUGUUAAGACCUCAAACAUCUUGUUAGACUCAGAUUACACUCCCAAACUCGCGGAUUUUGGGCUCGCAAAAGAUGGUCCAGAAGGAGAUGAUACACACGUUUCCACACGAGUUAUGGGCACCGAAGGCUAUGCUGCUCCCGAGUACCUCAUGACCGGCCACUUGACAACAAUGAGCGAUGUGUAUAGCUUUGGAGUAGUACUGUUGGAGCUUCUCACGGGGAGAAGAUCGGUGGACAAGAGCCGCCCACACAGAGAGCAGAACCUAGUCGAGUGGGCAAGGCCAAUGUUGAGCGAUACCAGGAAACUCUGCAGAAUCAUGGACCCAAGACUGGAAGGACAAUAUUCUGAAAGUGGGGCUCGGAAGGCGGCUGCACUGGCUUAUCAAUGCCUAAGCCAAAGGCCAAAGAAUAGACCUACAAUGAGAACUGUUGUCAAGACUUUGGAGCCUCUCAAAGACUUCGAUGACAUUCCCAGUGGCCCAUUCGUGUACACGAUUCCAGCUGAAAAUGAUGCUCUGCAUAAAGAUAACCACAAAGAAUCAUCCAAAGUACAAAAGGAAUCGAAGAAAGAUAAUCCCCACAAGAAAGAAAAUGGGCAAAAAGCCCCCCACCACCACCAUGAACAACAACUCCAUCAUGGUCAUUUAAGGCAUCAGCUCAAAUCACCAAAGUCCCUCAAGUACUAUCACACAGAUACUGCUCUACGCCGAAACUGUAGAAAUGGGAUGCACACCCCGGUACUGCACCAGAUGCAUGUAGGCAGGGCGGCAUAGAUUACCAGUACUGUAAAUCAUACUGUAAAUAGAAAUUUGUUAAAUGUUAUAUUUUCGCCCCCUCAUAAAACUAAGGGCAUGUAUGGCAAUGAUAUAUAAGAAUUCUCGUAAUUAUCAAAACUUACACUAA